CAUAGAUUUGAAACCAUCUCUCUAAACAAUAUCAAUAUUUUUUGUUGAAUAGAAAGAAAUGGAUAAAAUAGGUAUUGCUAGUUUUGGCAGUAAGGCAAGGCCUUAUGUGUUAACAGUUGCGAUUCAAUUUGGGUUUGCAGGAGCAUUCAUAUUCUCCAUGGCCAGUUUCAAUACUGGAAUGAGUCGUUUUGUGUUCAUUGUUUAUCGUAAUAUCAUUGCUGCAGUUUCCCUUGCUCCUUUUGCAUGGUUUUUUGAAAGGAAAGUUAGGCCAAAGAUGACUCUCUCUGUCUUUUUGCAUAUAAUGGCGCUCGCACUAUUAGAGCCAGUGAUCGAUCAAGGGUUCACUUUCUUGGGAAUGCAAUAUACAUCAGCUUCAUUUACAUCUGUUUUGACGAAUACUGUGCCUUCUAUAACCUUUUUCUUAGCCGUAAUUUUCAGGAUUGAACAAGUAAAUAUUAAGCAGAUACGAAGCAUAGCAAAGGUGGUUGGAACAUUAGUAACAUUUGGAGGUGCAUUUCUGAUGACAGUUUAUAAAGGACCACAAAUCCACCUUUUUUAUUCUCCAAACAAUGCUCAUCAUCAUGCUGGAAGUCACGACACUCAAAGUCACAAACAUUGGGUCUCAGGAACACUCUUUAUAUUAUGUGGUUGUUUCGCUUGGUCAUCUUUCUUCAUAUUACAGUCGAUAACGUUGAAAAAGUAUCCGGCUGAAAUGUCAUUGUCUACGUUAAUUUGCUUAUUUGGUUCUCUGAUGAGUACCGCGGUGGCGUUGGUGGCUGAGCAUAACUCUGGUGCGGGGACUUGGGCUCUUGGUUGGAACUUUAGACUCUAUGGCCCUCUCUUCACGGGAAUAGUAAACUCAGGAAUAACAUAUUAUGUGCAAGGGUUGGUAAUGCAAAGCAGAGGCCCAGUAUUUUUUGCAGCAUUUAAUCCUCUUUGUAUGAUCAUCACUUGUGCUUUGGGCUCAUUUCUAUUCGGAGAACAGCUCCACUUGGGCAGUAUCAUUGGAGCUGUGAUUAUUGCAAUGGGUCUUUAUUUUGUGGUGUGGGGUAAAGCCAAAGACUAUUCAUCAGCCACAACUACUAUGCCACCACCAUCAGUUACAAUGAAGCAAAUCGAGACACAACAACUUCCAAUUACUUCAUCUGAUCAUGUCUAACCGAGACGAAUUAAUUAUGAAUUUAUAGUGUGCUGUUGCUGCCCUAGCUAAGAAUAUGCAAUAGCUAUCUAUAUUAUUUCAUAUUUGUGUUUUGGUUUAGACAUUCUAUAGGAAUACCAUAUGGCUACUACAGUCAUUAUGUGCUUUUUUUAAAGAUGUUUUUAUGUGGAUUAUAAUUUUGCUUCAUCAUCUUUUUUUUUUCUUUUUUGAAACUGACAGAAUAAAGAGCUACUUGAUUA